CAAAUUGCUGUCAACACUGUUGACAAUCACUGGCGGAACCGCUUCUUUGGCUCAUAUCUGCCAUUAUCUCCACCGCAAGAGUGGCAACGACUACAUGUGCGCCCACAGGCCUUAUCUCUUGAGCUCAUGAGUGGUCGUAUCGGCUAUUAUUGAAAGUAUUUAGGUCUCAAUUGAGCGGUGAAUCGGUGGCCACAGACUCGGAGGAAUAGAUUCAUAUGUUGAAGACACACCUCUUGUUUAUGAUAUGCAUUGUCAGUGGAUUCCUGUUGACUCUUCAACUCAUUUCUCUGCAAAUUCUGUUAAGAAAAGGUCACGUCGAAGAGAAGACUUCGUGGAAUCUGUUGGAUGUGGUGACACUGAACGCCAAUCGCAACUCAAUCCCGUUGUUUCUGAUCGACAGCGAAGUGUUGAGUAAUAUCUCGGCCAAGAAUGCAAAGAGUGGUGACUCUGGAGGUGACACUUCCUAUUGCAAUGUGUUGUGUUCGGGCCGUAAGAUCACACAUUUGGCCACUUUUGGUCAGUUUGCCACUCAGUUACUCAUCACCCGAUUCGUGACUGCAGUCAAGGCUAAGGGCUUCACAGUCUUGAAGUUGGAAGAGUUGGACCCGACUCUAGUCCACUACGAACUCGAGGUCUCGAUUCCCACGCAUUUGAUUGUCAUCGACGAGAAUCUACACAUCGAUAAGAUGUCUCAUGUCAUACAUAUCGUCAUAUUCUACGAACGCAUCCAAUCGACC